AUGCACCCAAACGAAAAAACACGAUUUUUAUCACCGCAAGGCUACAACCAGUUUCGAUAUCGGCCGCUGAAUCACGCGGAUGGCGAGGACUUUCGCCUCUUGUGUCUUUAUCCAGGCGAGUGGCACGAACCGGUUCGAUGCGACCUUCUUCAUUCCAACAUCGACGCCGACAUCGAGUAUGAAGCUGUUUCGUACUCAUGGGCAUCCGAAGAGGGAGAUGAUAGCCUAUCACAGCGGAUCUCAUGUGCUUACAUCGGGGAGGAGCAAACGGCGGAUCUUCUAGUAACCUCAAACUGUGCCUCUGCACUACGCAGGCUGAGACUCGCAUCAAACGAAAGGAUGCUGUGGAUUGAUGCCAUUUGCAUCGAUCAAGCCAAUACACAAGAACGAAACCAUCAUGUCGAGCUCAUAGCAAAGAUCUACUCAAGCGCUUCUCAGGUGUUGGUGUACCUUGGAGAAGAAGACCUAGGCUUUGCUUCUCAGAGCUUAUGGUUAGACAGCGAGCGACGCCAAUCGGCUCUCAAAAGGCUUUUUUCAAAGAGAUGGGUUUCAAGGGUGUGGGUGAUUCAGGAGGUUGCAUUGGCACAGAAGGUAGUAAUGGUUACUGGCGAUGCCACGUGCCAAAUGGACGCGAGCCUAAUGUGCCGUAUACGAGGAAGAGCCAGGGCCUAUGGUUUGCAAGUCCCUGGUCCGCUAGCUUGGGAUCCGCUGGUCAGUGCUCCCACAAGAGAUCUCCUCACAUUGUUAUACAUGACACGGGGUUGUCGUUCCAAAGAUCCCAGAGAUAAAGUGUACGGGCUUUUGGGUUUAGUUGGGGAACGCCUACAGAAUCUGAUUGCGAUCGACUACUCUCAAAGUGUGGAAGAGGUUCUAACACGCACGGCCGCCGCCAUUAUCAUCUGCCAGGAGGAUCUCGAAGUUUUGGCAUAUGCAUCGUUAUCCCUUGGGAGCAGACAUGCAGCGAAUAGACUACCUACGUGGGUUCCGGAUUGGACCGAGCAUCGCGGUGACAACACGCUGCACUCUCAAUUUCAACAACCUAAGAUCGGCCCCUGGAGAUCCUUGGAAAAGCUAUCUGGCAGCGAAACUCGUGCUGCGGAGCUCACCAAGCUAGACUGGGGAGCAGCGGUUCAUAUCCCCUCGAAUUGGCCCGUUGAUAGCUUUUCGAGUCCAUUCGUAACAGCUAGGGCUCAUUGUCUCGCGACCAUCGAUGGUACGACGAGACAAGUGAAUUCUCACAGGCCAACAUGGCAAGAUGCUCAAGAUUUUAGCCGCGGGUUAAUGGCUCUGAUUGACAAGAAUCUCGGAUCGAAAUUCGACUCACAAGUAUGGCCUUUACAAUAUCAGUGGCUAUUCGAUCCUUCGUACGCUCGCCCCAUCUCUGCACAGCACCAAAGCCCCGACAAGCUCUACUGGACCAGUCUACAGCAGUUUUGUCUCGAACUCAAUAAGAUGGGAAAAGACAAGUACAUCUUCCGGGCCGGCAUUCUUCCUGCGAUAUCGAGUCACGACUUUCAGGAGGGCGACACAGUUUGGGCCAUUGAUGGCUGCACAGUCCCGCUGAUUCUCAGAAGGUUUAAGAGCCUUAAUCACGAACGUAUGGAUGCAUGGGGCUAUAUAAUUGUUGGAAAUUGCUACCUCUUUGCCUUGUCACAUUUGGAUUGUUGGGCCACAUCAGGGACGGGGCUCGAGCAGCGAUGGGAUUUUGAGCCAUUUCGCCACAUGGAUCCAUUGGCCCAUGCCACCAUUAAAACCUGCAACCGCGCCUGCUGCUUUGCAUCCAUUCAACACAACUCUCGCAAGGGCCAAACUAACAACAACUUUUACAUUCAUGCAACCAUCGAAAGAGGGCUCUAUCCCAAAAUGUCUGGAGUCGCAUGUAAACACACGGAUGUAUGUCGAUUCGACGGCGUCAGGCUUUGCUUGAGUUGUGGUACGACGGAAUUCGAAGUCUCGUUCUCGGACAAGGCUAUCUGCCUGGCAGACGGUUGCUACAAGUAUACUUUGCUUGACUACAAAUGCGGUCGCCAAGUUCGCCUUAUCAUCCUUCUCCCGGGCGCCUGGGAAGAUUCCCUUCGAUGUGAGAUCAGACAUGUCAAUCUGGACGACGAUCCAGUAUACGAUGCAGUAUCCUACACUUGGGCAACUAAAGCUGGAGACGCGUCUCUCUCCAAAGUUGUUCAGUGUGUACAUGGUGGCUCCAUCCUCAUCACUCCCAACUGCCAUUCCGUUCUUCGUCAAAACAGACGAUGGGGAAAACGAACACUUUGGAUUGAUGCAAUAUGUAUCGACCAAAAGAACACGAGUGAGCGCAGUCAUCAGGUUGGGUUUAUGGACCUCAUUUACUCCAAAGCUCGGAGUGUUCGUGUCUGUAUUCCUGAUACCUCGCACGGGACCAAAUCGGUAGACUACGACCAAUUGUUCCGCCGGUUGGGCGACGAGAAAGACAUUGCUGCACUUGACAAGAGUUGUCUCUACAACACCCUAGAACACUUUUUUUCGUUGCGAUAUUUUUCAAGGGUAUGGGUUAUUCAAGAAGUGGCAUUGGCGCGAGUGGUAUUUCUGCUUGUGCACGAUCAAGUCCUCCAAGUAACCGCUCACAUUAUUGACCGCAUGGCUCAUCUUUGUCCAAUUGAGGAGGCAGGGGUUAUUGAUUGUUUGCGCACCAGCAUACAUGGCAAUGCCACCGACCCUCGUGAUCGGGUCUUUGCAGUUCUAAGCCUUAUGAAAGCUCAAUCAAAGUCACUCAUACCUGUAGACUACUCAAUGAGUCUUGAAGUGGUAUUCUCGAACGUAAUGGUGGCAAUCAUCGCAACACAGCGGAACCUCGAUAUUCUAUCUUACAUGGACGACUACAACGACCCCGCCAGCCUAACAACUAAGACGAUUGAAUGUUACCUGAAUCGGACAGAGAAACACGUCUUUCAUACUCGGUGCCCUCUUCGUUUUCCUCCAAUAGUCCAAUUUCUAGGAGACAGCAACGGCCCCUGGCGCGCAACCGCAGACUUCAAUAUCACAUUGUUUUCUGAAUGUGAACAAGCAGUCAAGUACGAGAAGAACUUAUGCUCUAUUAGGAGGCCACAUCAACUGGCAAUGAUCCACGUCUACGCUUUCGUGUACGGGCACAUUAUCUCGAUAGCGUUGACGGGACGUGUCCUUGUAGCGAAGGAACGACCUACCAGGAUGCAGAAGAAUGGUUGCAAAGCCGACGGCUACACCGACCGGGUUCCGCAGAUGGACGACGAAAUUUUUGCCAUAGAUGGCGCCCGAAUGCCCUUUAUUCUCCGCCCAACCGGUCCGCAACAACAUCGGAUAGUGGGUAUUUGUUUAUUAGGGGCGACUCAGGACCUAGAUCAUUGGGUGGAGAGAAAGAAGCAUAUGAACGGCGUAUGCAGCAUCCCGAGGCCCAUUAGGGAGCAGACGGAGAUGAUUGAGAUCUACUGA